AUGUUGGACGGCAAUCACAAGCCUGUAGCUGACUUAUCCAUUCAAUAUCCUCCUGUAGAUACUGACAGCAAUUCACUUACCAAUAUCACGUAUCGUGAAUUCGCUGGACUACGCAACUGGGAGCCUCGUGUACUCAUCGACGAUGUUACUCUCCCAGAAAACGGUAUCGAGAUCGGUUCUGUGGCGGUAAUCUACGCCAUCAAAGUGCGACUACACAGCGGGCUCGAGUGGGUAAUCAAGAAGCGAUAUUCCCAGAUCCGAGGACUGCACAAAAACAUCGGAGAACGCGUCAAACAUCUACACUUCCCUGCCAAACACUACAUUCACAACUACAAGCCACUGGUGCUCCAACAGAGACGUCGAGAUCUUGAAACGUACAUCACCGAACUCCUGGAAAUUCGUCCAUUUCUCCUUCGUGAAUUGUACAAUUUUCUAGGAGUAUACGUCAACAUCAAGUCCUCCGAGCGGGAUAACAGAAAGAAGAGUAUUUUAUCUUCCAGCGGUCAUUCUCAAACGGUAACUUCGGAGGACUCCUGCGAUGAUCAUGAUACCAAUUCGAUAACCGAAACCGAGACUGCUCCCGCUCCGUUGGGGAAUUUAGUCGAGUUGUGUUUCGACAUGGGUGACGCUGUGUCCAUGAGCGAGAAAGUGCUGGAACGGCUGUUUAUCACUCGGAAUCGGCUGGUUGAACUCUUUCGUGAAGGGGCGACACUACCUUUCGAUGCCAAGAGGACUUUCGCACAAUUAACAGCACGUUUUGAUGAUUUUCUAACGCGAAACUCCAACGGUUCGACUGGCGAUACUACCAGUCUAGUUCGACGUUUGCAUGGAUUUCACUGUGAAAUCGACGUCUUGCAAGGUCACGUUGGGCUUUCGAAAUGCAGCUGGGAAGUGUCGUGGGUCCAUGCAGUACGACUCAUGGACGAGAGAUUAGUCGCUAUGGGUAGAGCGAAGUGUGGCUGCGUGUGCUCGAAGUUGCCGCAUGAAGCUACAUGCGCUUUAGUUGGCGAAUCAGUCGACACUGAUACUAAGGCUUUGUCCCGAAGUUGCCCACUGUUGUCACGUACUAUGGUGUCUACCCCGUCUCGCCUUGAGGAAGCUACGGUCUCGACUAGUUGCACGAAAAACAAAGGGACGUUUGCUAGUGUGGCAUGA